CUCUUGUCUAAAUGAUGACGUACAAGAAGUGGCUACUAAAAUGAAUUUUUCUUCGAGGAGUUGGUCUCUUUCACGCGCCCUUCGCCGAGGAAGCAAUGAUCAUAUUUUAUUUAUUUAUCUUUCGCCUAUCGUUGCCAUUGAUGGUCGAAAGGUCUGA